CCCAGCUAUGCACGCUAGUCUACGCGUCGCGACAUUCAAUGUGUCGCUUUGAGCUCUUGAGCCUGCUAAUUGUCUUUCUCCAGCGAUUCACGGCGCGGAGAAAGCGACGACAGACGACCAACGGCUCACCUCUGCCGCCGCGGCCAUGCUCCACGAAAUCCUCCUCUCGCUAUCCGGACAUCCCUCCGCGCUCUUCGAUGCCAAUCCCAGCCUACACGUGACUUCUACCGCGACCCGCCUUCUUUCGCCCCCUGAAGCCGAGCUAUUGUCGUCUAUCGGGCAUCUGUCGCGCCUCCAUCGCAAGACGCGCGACCACGUUGCAAAGAUCGCAUCUUCCCAUUCUUCGACUGUCUGUCGGGCGGUAGCUACCGCCAUCACCUCGCAUCAUCUUGACAGAUUCCAACGAAAAAUAAUUGAAGUAGAGAGCCGCAUUCUCAAGCAAGAUGCUUCUAUCGUUGGUGCAUACAGUAUCGUGCCGCUGGCCGGCAUUGUCAACGAGUUUUCCGAGUGGGUCAAAUUGAUGGAGUGGCUUUGGAAUAUCAGCAACUUUAUCCUUCCCUCAGAAGCCCAAUCCAAAAGCGAUAUCCAAGAUCGAAAGACGGCCUCUGGAGCUGAGAUCAUCGACAAACUGCGGACAGAAGUUCAGACGGGCUAUCCAGACAUCGAGGCAGCUGCUCGCCAGUUGGGCAAGGUCGCAGAAGCGUCGUGGCUAAGACAGCUGUCGACCUGGCUCUUGUACGGCCGUCUUCCUUCCUUUGGUGCCUCUGAUUUCUUCGUCAAACAAGAAGACGAUGAGUCAGACGAACUAUCGUUCGUCGUGCAGAAUAAGUUCCUGCCCAAGUUCGUUACACGACAAACCGCCUCGUCUAUUCUGUUCGUGGGAAAGUCGCUCAAUCAGAUAAGAUGCUUACCUUCUACGUCCAAAGUAAUGAGUACUUCGACGACUGUCUCAGAACUCGAACUCCUCCCUGUGCAUGUGGAGCAACUCUCUCAAGUGGUUACUCCCGUGUCAGCAGCAAAGCUCUCUGAGGCUGUUGCCAACAUUCGACUGUCACUUUCGCGUAAUCUUUUACAACACCUUCUACCUCGUGAGAAGAUUGUUGAAACACUCACGAUCUUACAUCAGUUCUUCUUGAUCGGUCGAGGCGAGUUUGCUAUGACACUGAUUGCGGAAGCAGACGAGAAGAUUUUGUCUCGACACCGAGGUUUACUAACGAAACCUAAUCAAUCCGUGAAAGGAUUCUUGCUGAAGGAUACCGAGAUCAAUCAGAUACUUGCUCGCGCGUUCUCUGUUCUCUCCACGUUGGGCGGGGAGGACGAUCACACGGAUGAUAUUCUCGAUACUGCAACAGAAAUCUUGCAUCUCACUACCCACAACUUGUCUGGCCAUCGCCCUGGCACACCCGGUCGCGCUAAGGAUGCUGACUCCGCCUUGCCACAACUUGUAAACUUCGCAUUCGACGAAUUGUUAUUGUCAGUGCCAAUGUCACUUACCAUGGAUAUCCGAUCUCCUCUCGAUCUCUUCGUGACUAAGGCAGACCUCGAUGUGUAUUCUUCGAUCAACGCAUACCUGCUUGCGGUUCGCCGCGCCCAUUUGCACUUGGCUCAGCUCUGGCGGCAGAGUUCCAUUCGACGUGAACACCCAGGUCCACCCGGUUAUCAGUAUAGCAACACGGCAUACGGAAAAACAGUAUUGCGUCGGCGACGCCAGAGAACAAACGAACGCACGCGUCAGAUGCGGAGAAUCUGGGCAACUUGCUCAGCUGCCAUAUUCUUCCUCGCAGAGGGUGAAGCCUAUUUUCAGGGUGAGGUUGUUCAGGAAUCGUUCAAGCAUUUCCUAUCAUGGGUAUCCGGACCACGGCGUUCAUUAGUUGAGGGAUCUAGAAUCGCCUCUCCGACUUUUCCAACCACGCCUGGGUUUAGAAAGUCAAGCACCGAAGGCGACAUCGAGCAGCAGCACGACCCUGAGGUUCUGGCUCUCGCACAUCGUCAAUUCCUCUCUUCAGUCGCCUACUCUCUACUCCUUACGGAUAUGAACUUCACUAAGACCUUGCGCACGUUCUGCACCCACGUCGACGAGUUGGUGGCGUACAUCACGCGUCUCAACGUCAUCCAACAAAAUCUUGACCUAGAGGAGGAUGAAGGUAUCGAAGACUACGCAAAGAACUACAAGCAAGACGAGAAGGAAAUGAGUCUGGAGAUGGAUCGCGCUAGGAGGAGACUGGACAGCGACCUCAAGGCGCUGGUCGAGCGCCUGAGGGAGAUCGACAGCGAAAGGAUUGGGGCUUCGGCGCCAGGAUUCAAGAGCGGUGUUACUAUGCAAGAAGGCAUGUUUGAACCGCUCAGGGUAGGUGGGAUCGAUCGACUUCUCAUGAAGCUGGAUUGGGGUGGAGAAGACGAAGAGGAGGAGCAGCAUGAAGACUUGCUGUAGAUGAUCCUGCAUCAGAAGGAAGUAGGAAUUACCUUAGUUUCUAAAGCGAAAUGAAUAUCACCAGUUCUUAC